CCGAGCCCCACCUACGCCUCACAUUCUUCUACAAAUCUGCUCCUUAUAACACAGCUUCUUCACAACGUCUCUACAUUAGAAGAGAGCAUCUUAAAAAACAACGCACAGGCAGCAAGGAAGAAAGAACCUCAACAGACACCUCGCCGCAUUUUACAUUUUCAUAAAAGAAUGGGAUCAUCAGCAAUUCAGAUGGUAUGUGUGACCCUUGGGGUCCUUGGUCUGAUUGGCGUCAUAGUGUGCUGCGCUCUCCCUCGCUGGAAAGUGUCUUCGUUCACAGGAGCCAACAUUGUGACUUCACAGACCACUGAGGAGGGUUUAUGGAUGAAUUGUGUGGUACAGAGCACUGGCCAGCAGCAGUGCAAGAAGUACGAUUCCCUGCUGGUGUUGCCCUCUGAUCUGCAGGCUGCCCGAGCCUUGACCAUUAUCAGCUGCAUGCUCAGCAGCCUCAGCCUCCUCAUCCUGUUCUGUGGGGCCGACUUUACCACCUGUGUGGAGAAUGAGGAUGUCAAGCCUAAGAUCAGCAUAGCGGCCGGGGUGGGCCUGCUGCUGGCCGGAAUCCUGGCGAUCAUCCCCGUCAGCUGGUCCGCACAUAUUGUUGUGCAAAACUUCAACAACCCCAUUAAUAUGUCUCAGAGGAUGGAGCUGGGAGCGUGUAUUUUCAUUGGCUGGGCGGCUGGUGCGCUUCUCCUUCUGGCUGGGGGCUUGCUCUGCUGCGUCAGCAGGUCCGGAUCUGGCAGCUCAGGGGGAACCGCUAAGUACUACAGCAACAGCGCCUCAGCCCCAAGCAAAAACUACGUGUAGUGGCUUUAUGAAAGGGACUGAUGUUUUAGAAAGGAGGGGAUAAGCAGUAAUGCAGCAAAGCAAAGGAAAUGUGUAAAUAGUAACUUCUAAUAAUAGCUCCUUCUAGGUUUAAUUUUCAUAUUCAUUUAGUUGUACGGGUGAUUUUUUGUUUUAAAUUUUGGGUGGGGGCCAAAGCAUUAUGAAAGUAAAAAAAUGCAAUUUAUAGAUGAAACUCAUAGUAUAUCUUGUGACCUCAGAGUUAAAAUGUUUUAUUUUGCUUACUACUUUGACAUAUCCAAUAAUAACUAUGAUAUUGCAUUCCCAUUACUGUUCUAGAAAUAUUUGACCUCAAAAUUGGCUGUAAAAGAACAUCACAUAUUUUUUUACUGUUUUUUUUUGUUUUGUUUUUUUGUUUUUUUUUUUAGAAAAAUUAAUCUGAUACUGUAAACUCUGAGGUUGUUUUUUUUUUUUUUUUUUUUAGCUGCACCAAUGGUUCAAAUAUUUGCAUAUCACUUGUGUCUUUCUCUUUCAGCUUUAAUAUUUUAUAUUAUCAAUGUCAGUGAAAGCUGUAUUAACCAAAUGCACCUCGGUAAGCCUCAGGGAGCAUCUGUGUGCACUUGAUCCUCAUGCGAAAUGUUCUCCACAGUCCACAUUGACAUCAUGUUAUCAUACCUUUGUUACUUGUGGUUUUGUUUCGUUUCUCAUUUUGUAAGAUGUUGGGUGUAAAAGAUUAAAAACUGGUUCUUCAAAACAAAAAUUGAAAAUACAGAAGACUUUAUUUUAAACUAAAAGCAUAUAUUAAAAUAGGAUUUGCUCUAAUUGAUCACAGAAAACCAAAUAAACAAAUCAAGCCACAAUAAGAA